GUCGAGUGGCUCCGUGUCGAGUGGCUCUUUGAGGUGUAACCCGUGAGGACUCAUCGAGAUAAAGAAUUCUUUAUCUCGAUGUGAGGACUGUGGGUACGGUUUAGUACGCCAGUAAAUAUGUUCUCAACGAAGUCAAUAUAUAUUUUGGGAAUAUUACAAUCGAAAUUAUCAUGCCGAUUAUACCGCAAAAAUGUGAAAACCAAUUUAAUGCCAAAACGUCCAAACAAAAUUAAAGGUAACCCUGGAGGAAAUCGUUUGUUGGCUAUGGCAUUAGAUGGGGACUCACCAGAUAAAGUUGACAUUUCAUUAGAUGAAAUUGACGAUGCGGAAAAUGAUAUGCUUCAAUCACAUUUAUUCUAUGAUCAACAUAUGAAGGAAAAAGAAAAAGGAAAGCAAAUAAAGUCAUUUCAAAACAUUAAGCGAAUGUAUUUUAAGAACAGAAUAGUGCUUCCAAACUUUUUAACAUAUCUGGAGAAACAACAAAUUAGAAAUUUACAUAAAAAUUCUCCUAAAGAAUGGACUGUUGAAACUUUGUCAUUAUGUUUUCCUGCUACACCAGACAUUAUUAAAAAAAUAUUAAAAUCUCAAUGGCAAGCAGAUGAAGGCCAGCAAAUACUAAGACACGAUAAAUUAGUUCAACAAAAUUGGGAAUCUUUUCGGAAUGGUUCAAUAAAUACUAUAUUACCUGAUAACCUCAAAAGUCAUUUAUCAAAAUUUUCUGAACGACGACCAAAUUUAAUCACAUUAAAUGAAGCUGAAAAAUUUAUACCGAAACCUGCAGUAGAAUAUUUAAGCCCUAAAGAAUUUGGUAAAAUAAUAACCAGUUAUAUUGGUGAACCUGUUAAGAAUGACGAGCAAAAACAACUUCAACAAAAUGAAGAAUCUAAUUUUUUAAGAAUUUAUGAAAGUGAUUUAAAAACAGACUCAAAAAAGAAACAUUUCAUUUUGGAUGAACUAAACCAUGAUUUAAUGCAAACUUAUCCUGGUUAUAAACCAACUAAUUCACUAUCAUUAAAUGAAAAAAGUGUAGAUGCAUCUACAGUUGAAAUAAGUUUACAAGAAUCUACUCGUGUAAUAUCAAGGAAGGAAGUUUCAAAUUUUAUUGAUACUAUUAAUGAUUACCCACUAGCGAUUCGUAUACCUAAACAAUUAUGGAAAGAAGGGUAUACCUAUAGAGUGAACGAUUGCUUUUAUGGUGAUAAUGGUGAAUUUUUGUAUAGAGUACCUGGUUUAGUUAUAGAUAAUUAAAAAUUUAUAAUAAAAAUUAUACUAUUA